AAAUGAGAUUGAAAAUGUAAUCUAGUGACCCAUCAACAUUCUGAUCAUUGAAUUGGGAAAAUCAAUUAGAAUUCUUAAUCCUUUUCCCAUCAAGGCAUGCCUCUUCGAACGCGUGUCACAUCUAGACGAAAAAUUCCCAAGUUCUUCUGUCUCUUACUUCUGUUACUUGUGCCAAUUUUUGUAAUUGGAAUUUAUGUCCAUGGCCAAAAGGUUGUUUAUUUCUUCCGACCCCUUUGGGACAAACCCCCUCCCCCCUUCACAAACAUACCUCACUUUUACGCCGAAAAUGUCUCUAUGGAUCACCUCUGCCAGCUUCAUGGUUGGUCACGUCGGUCCCAACCUCGCCGCAUUUUUGAUGCAAUUAUCUUCAGUAAUGAGUUAGACUUGUUAGAGAUUCGAUGGCGUGAACUUUACCCAUACGUGCAUAAGUUCGUGAUCCUCGAGUCCCAUACCACAUUCACAGGCAUUCCGAAGCCUCUUUUCUUUGCCAAGAACAAAGAAAGAUUUGCAUUUGCUAACCAGAAAAUUGUCCACGACUCCUUUGCCGGUCGGAUUUCAGCGCGUGGAUCAAACGAGGACCCGUUUGAGCUCGAGUCAAAACAACGCGGAGCCAUAAAUUCAUUAAUACAGGUUGCGGGGAUUUCCAAUGGUGACAUUCUUCUCAUGUCAGAUGCAGAUGAGAUUCCUAGUUCUCAAGCUUUGAAACUUCUUCAAUGGUGCGACGGGAUUCCUCCCAUAAUGCAUCUUGAACUGAGAAACUACAUUUACUCGUUCGAGUUUCCCUUGGGCACCAUCAACUAUAAACCCAGCGCCCAUAUUUAUGGUCCUCAAACACAUUACCGCCACUCGCGUCUGACUGAUCUUAUCUUAUCAGACGCGGGAUGGCAUUGCAGCUUUUGCUUACGGUACAUCUCAGAGUUUAUCUUCAAAAUGACUGCUUAUAGCCACGCAGAGCGUGUCAAACGUAAAUCUUUCCUUAACCCUUCAAGAAUUCAGGAUAUUAUUUGCAAAGGAGAUGAUCUUUACGAUAUGCUACCAGAAGAAUACUCCUUCCGGGAGUUGCUUAAAAGGUUGGGGCCGAUUCCUCGUUCGGCUUCUGCGAUUAGUCUUCCUGCUUACUUGAUAGAAAAGGCAGAUAAAUUUAAGUUCCUUCUUCCUGGAGGUUGCUUAAGAAAACCAGAAUGAGUUUUUUUCGACUUUUUUUUUAGCUUUUAGCGCGCGCGGUAACACGCAACUUAGAUUUUCUUUUUCAUUCUAGCUAGCUUUCAGCUUAUAGAACUUAGCUUGAGAUUUUGGUAGGAUGUUAAGGACAUGACAUGAAGAUUACAUUAGUUAAACAUAAACUGCUUAGAUGUUUAACUUACUUAGUUUUAGGUAACAAUGAUUUAUGUAAUUUGCAUGAUGUAAAAAGAUGAAAGUGAUAAAAAUAUA